AUGGGUUAUUUUACUGAAUAUGAAACACCAAAAUUAGUUUUAAUACAUAGUGCAAAAUAUGCGGGUCUACUUCGUAUUAUACAAAUCAUUAUUCUUAUUUAUUCUAUAAUUUAUUUACUUAUAUACAAAAAAGGUUAUCAAAAACAAAGUACAGCAAUUACGUCAUCAAUAACACUUAAAGUAAAAGGCAUUGGUUAUGUUCAUACGCAAGAAGACGAAACAAUAAUUAUCGAUGUAGCAGAUUAUAUUAUUCCACCAUCAGAAAAUAAUGCUAUAUUUAUAAUGACAAAUUUUAUUCAAACUGAUCAAACACGAACUAAAUGCGCUGAAAUGAUAAAACUUAAAGAAGCAAUAUGUAAAAGUGAUACAGACUGUUUCAAUAAAUCAUUUACACCAAAUAUGAAUGGUCGUUGGACAGGUCGAUGUUUAUUGUCACCACAAAUAAAUGUUGUCAACGGGACAACAAAUAUUACAAAAACUAGAACGGGUUUAUGUGAAUAUGCAGGUUGGUGUCCACCAGAAGAUGAUCUUACAUCGACAAUGCUUGUUCAGGAAGUUCUGAGUUUUACAAUAUUUAUCAAAAAUUUUAUUGAAUUUCCAGUGUUCAAUGUUAAACAUAAAAAUAUGGUUGAUAGUUUAAAAAAAUCAUGUAUUUAUCAUCCAAAAGAUCAUAAAGAUUGUCCAAUAUUUAGUAUUGAUUAUAUCAUGAAUGAAGCGGAAAAAAAUAUUACAGAACGUAAUUUAAUGUUACAGUACGGUGGUGUUAUACGUAUUAAGCUUGAUUGGGAUUGUAAUCUAGAUCGAAAUAUAAAAUUAUGUAAACCUCAAUAUUCAUUUGCUCGUCUUGAUGUACCUUUUUAUGAAAAACCAUUUUCAAUGGGUUUUAACUUUCGUUAUGCUUCUCAUUGGAAACAUAAAAAGAAACAUGUUCGUACGUUAACAAAAGCUUUUGGUCUUCGUCUAAUAAUUUCUAUUAGUGGUAAAGCUGGAAAAUUUGAUUUUAUUACAUUAACUUUUAAUAUCGGUUCAUUAAUUGGACUCUUUGGUUUAGCAACAUUUGUUUGUGAUAUUAUUCUACUUCAUGUAUCAAAGCAAGCAUCUGCGUAUCGGAAUCAUGUGUUUGAAAUUGUUCAUUUACGAACACGUGCUUCUAGUACCGUAGCAGUGCCAAGGAAAUAUGUUCCAAGAAAUGAUGAUGAAUAUUCAAAUUCCAACUCAAAUGCAGAAACAGAAUUACCAUUUAGAACACCUGAAAACAGUCCAGCAUGUCCAGGAAAAACAGUUACCAUCGGUGCAGUCACUUUUAUUAAUCUGGAUGAAUAA